AAUAAAAACGAACGAGCCGAAUCGUCAAAAAUAACUGCGGCCUGUCUUUUAGUGUCUAAAUUUUGGAAAACAAAAAAUUUAUGUUAUUUUCCUUUUAAUCAAAAACAUUUCAAUUCCGCAAUAAUUUCCGACAAUUUUCACACAGCGCCGCACCAAUAUAACUGUACAACAUGAAUAUGGAAUCAAUGAAGAUGCGCAGCUUGCCGAAGAUACCGGUGUCCAAGCAGAAUUCGGUAGCAAGCGCCAAGAAAACAGCGGACAAAAAGUUUAAUGAGGACGAGUCCAAGACAGUAACUGAGCUUAAAAAGCUUUACUUGGAAACCAUUAAGCUCGAUGUGGAUUUGCAAAAAGAGAUCUAUAAUAUGGAGAAAUCAUUUGAGAUUAAGCAUAAUUCCAUUUUCGAAAAGCGCGCCAAGUUGCUCGAUGACUAUCGCAAGAAGACACAUGGCGAUUCGAGCACUGAGAGCAAUUUGUCAAAUUUUUGGUUGCGUGUACUCAAGGCGUCAUACACGGAAUUUAUAAGCAAAAAAGAUGAAAAAAUACUAACGCAUCUCACCGAUAUACGUUCAACACUGCGUAACGAUCCGAUCGUUAUGUUCAUUAUCGAAUUUCAUUUCGAACCGAAUGAGUUCUUUUCGAAUAGUAUUUUAACGAAAACAUACUUUUUGAACUGUUUACCCGAUGUGGAUGAUCCGCUUUCGUAUGAUGGCGCUGAAAUUUACAAAUGUGAAGGUUGUAAAAUCGAUUGGAAACAAAGCAAUAGCGAGAAGGAUAAAAAAGCAUACACCUCGUUUUUCGACUUCUUCAGUCCGCCGACACUGCCCGAAGACACGGAGGAUCCAAACUAUAGCGAUAUAAAUGCUAUUUUGCAAAAUGAUUUUGAGCUCGGUUUCUAUCUGAAGGAACGCGUCAUACCGAAGGCGGUAAUGUUUUUCACUGGCGAAAUUGCCGAUUGUCAAAGUUCGGACUCCGAAUCCGAUGAUACGGACGAUGAGGACGACGACGAUGACGAUGAGGAAGACGACUCGUCCAAUAAUGAGGCGAAUGAGGACUAAGCUUAUUAUUUCCUAUAUUUAUUCAAUUAUCAUUAUCACUUAUCAUUUUAAACACUGUCAAAACUACAUCUCUCUGCUGCAUAUGCAUAUUAUAUGUAUGUAUAUACUAUACUUUUAAAAUAAUAUUUCUGAAUAAAAUUUAUGUCAACAAGUUA